GGUCUAGAAGCCCACUAUACUUGCGUUAUCCGGAAGCAAUCGACGACGCUGCUGUAGUAGCAAAUCUAUGUCCAAAAUGGCUGGUGCCGACGGGGAUGAUUCUCUUUAUCCUAUUGCAGUUCUUAUUGACGAGCUCAGGAAUGAAGAUGUUCAGUUGCGCUUAAACAGUAUUAAGAAGCUAUCAACUAUUGCUUUGGCUUUGGGAGUUGAGAGAACCAGGACUGAAUUGUUGCCAUUUCUCACUGAUACAAUUUAUGAUGAAGACGAGGUGCUGCUAGCUCUUGCUGAGCAGCUUGGCAGCUUUACGGUGUUAGUAGGUGGACCAGAAUAUGUUCACUGCCUUUUGCCACCCCUUGAGAGUCUAGCCACAGUUGAAGAAACGGUUGUUAGAGACAAAGCUGUUGAAUCCCUGAGAAAGAUUUCUCAUGAACAUUCUCCUGAGGACCUUGAAGCCCAUUUUGAACCUUUGGUAAAGCGUCUCGCUAGUGGGGACUGGUUUACUUCCCGUACUUCUGCAUGUGGUCUCUUCAGUGUAUGCUAUCCAAGAGUCUCAAAGUCCACAAAAUCAGAGAUCAGACAGCAUUUCCGAACACUAUGUUCAGAUGAUACUCCAAUGGUACGUCGUGCUGCUGCCUCUAAACUUGGGGAAUUUGCCAAAGUCCUGGAGCUUGAGUAUGUUAAGAGUGACCUCAUUCCCUUGUUUGCUGCUCUUGCUUCUGAUGAACAGGACUCUGUGCGACUCCUGGCAGUGGAAGCAUGUGUAAGUAUUGCCCAGCUUCUCCCACAGGAGGAUCUGGAGAAACUGGUAAUGCCAACCUUGCGUCAGGCAACAGAAGAUAAAUCCUGGAGAGUUCGAUACAUGGUAGCAGACAAAUUCUCUGAGCUGCAGAAAGCUGUUGGUCCAGAAAUCACGGAAAAUGACCUUGUACCAUCAUUCCAGAAUUUAUUAAAAGACUGUGAGGCUGAAGUUCGAGCUGCCGCUGCUAAUAAAGUAAAAGAGUUCUGUGAAAAUUUACCAGCAGAUAGCAGGGAGACUAUUAUAAUGAACAGCAUCCUUCCUUGUGUCAAGGAACUGGUGUCUGACACCAACCAGCCUGUCAAGUCUGCUCUGGCCUCUGUUAUUAUGGGGCUAUCAACAAUUCUUGGUAAAGAUAACACCAUUGAGCACCUUCUGCCACUUUUCUUGGCACAACUCAAAGAUGAAUGUCCUGAGGUGCGUCUAAACAUCAUAUCUAACUUAGAUUGUGUUAACGAGGUGAUAGGAAUCCGGCAGCUGUCUCAGUCCCUGCUGCCAGCAAUUGUGGAGCUGGCAGAGGAUGCCAAAUGGCGGGUUAGACUUGCAAUCAUUGAGUAUAUGCCAUUGUUGGCAGGGCAGUUGGGAAUGGAGUUUUUUGAUGAAAAGUUGAAUUCCUUAUGCAUGGCAUGGCUAGUUGACCAUGUGUAUGCAAUCAGAGAGGCUGCAACCUGCAACCUUAUGAAGCUGGUAGAGAGGUUUGGUGCUUCCUGGGCCCAGAGCACAAUUGUUCCUAAAGUACUGGGUAUGGCCAGCGAUCCUAACUACCUUCACAGAAUGACUACUCUAUUCUGCAUCAGUGCAUUGUCUGAAGCUUGUGGCCAAGAAAUUACUACCAAACAGAUGUUGCCUAUAGUGUUAAAGAUGUCUGAAGACCAGGUGGCUAAUGUCCGCUUCAACGUGGCAAAAUCAUUACAAAAAAUUGGACCUGUUCUGGAGAACAGUGCUCUCCAAGCAGAAGUAAGACCGGUGCUUGAAAAACUAGCCACUGAUCAAGAUAUGGAUGUGAAAUAUUUUGCACAAGAAGCUAUGACUGUUCUUUCCCUGGCCUGAAUGUCUACUAGAUUGGUGUUCCCAAGCAACAGACUGCCGCAAGUCAAAUGCCUGUCAAUCUGAAAUAGGAGACACUCGCUGCAAGGAAUAGAGGCUGGUUGGAUGUCAUGACAAGUUGUCCCCUGUAGCAAGUCUUAUGUUUCUGAACUGUCCCCGGUGCCUGAGAAUGUCAGUUCCUGUCUUUAUCUUGGUGCAGAGACAUUUAUUGCUUUUUCUGGAUUUGGAUUUCAUUUGUUUUUGCUUAGAGAUACAAAUGUUCAGUUGGAGUUUUAGUAAUAUGUUGGGACUUAUUGCUCGUUUCCAAUAAUGACUAUGUACAGUAAAUUGAUAUUUCUGUUUUAUUUAUUACUCUAACUUCUGUAUAAAAGGUUUCUAUUUUAUACCUUAUGUGAGCUGAAGUUAGUAUUGGCGUGAUUACCAAAUAAGCUCCAUAUAAACAAGCCAGAAGCAAACUGUUCAUCUUCCUUUUUUGCCAACAGUUGUUGAAAGCAUUUUUAUUUAUAUUUUUUUUUUUGGGGGGUAUGGUUAUUUUGUGUGUUAUAUUUUUCCUCACCAUCAUGCCAGAAUGUGACCUUAAACUGGAGAAGCAAGCUUCUUUGGAAUUUUACAGUGCGUAACAGUGCAUAACACAAGCAGCAUUCAGUGGUAUCUGUUGCUUUUUCUUUUUUUUUUCCUUCCUUCUUCAUGGGUCCAAAUGUUGUAUAGGAAAGCUGUAUCUGAAGUUAUGAAUUGUGCAUCAUUGCAAUAAAAUUUCUCUUUAAAUUCUAGCACUAUAGAAAAUUCUCUUACUUAAAUCAUGAAUUUUAAACUAAUGCGUAUUGGGUAUGAUGGGAAGAAAAUGUAAUGAGAAUAAAUGUUCUCUAUAAAGUGCUGACA